UGCGCAAAAUGGCGGUUGCACGUCUGUUCCCCAACCCCGGCGCACAAUCCUGAGGAAGGACGUCACGUCACCAGGGCAACGACGCUCCUGCGUAAAGGCCCGGCCCAGGGGAAAGUUCAGGGCGUCCCGGUUCUCGCCGCUCGUGCUUCUCCUAGGCCCAGUGGCAGACCAGAGCAUGAGCAACUCCUGUCGUCCCUGGCCAGGCAAAUGUUGGCCUAAGCUUGGCGCGAACGAAGCGCGCUAUUUCCCUGCUUCCUUUAGGCCAAGCCUGCUGUACGACAGGGCCCGCCUCCGGAGCGAGCACAGACCGGGGCGGCGAGGCCAGCCGGGCGCCGGCCAGGUCCUGAGCGCGCACGCGCUCUGUUCAGCUCCGGGUGGCGAUCGCCGGAGUUGACGUUAGCCAUGGAAACCGAGAGCUGGCCCGGGCGGGGCCAUAGUGAGCUCGUUGUUUGGACGCCCCAGCUUUUCUGCCUCCGCAUUCGGGCAAUAGCCAACCUCCCGGCGGGAGCGCCUAGCCCGGGUUUACCUGCAAAAAUGCAGUCCCCGGGGUGCCUUCGCGUCUUCUCUUCCCUCGGUUGACUUGAGAUUUAUUUGCCAAAGUUAAGGACAUGCCCGGGAGACGAGCCUAUGCCUUUCUCUGAAGAUAAUUUUGAGGUGUCCAAAUUUAAAGGGGAACGGGCAGGAUAUUGAGAAGUACACAAUUGUCAUGUAAGAGAAACUGCUGUGUUACAGAAAAGCAUGUGACUUUCAGAAUAAUCCCGAGUGAGGAUGAGUCCAGAUGUGCCUCUACUGAAUGAUUACAAGCAGGACUUCUUUCUGAAGCGCUUUCCACAGACUGUCCUUGGAGGCCCUCGAUUCAAAUUAGGCUAUUGUGCCCCUCCUUACAUAUAUGUUAAUCAAAUUAUUCUUUUUCUAAUGCCAUGGGUUUGGGGCGGAGUCGGAACACUUUUGUACCAGUUAGGCAUCCUGAAAGACUAUUACACAGCAGCACUUUCAGGUGGAUUAAUGCUUUUUACUGCAUUUGUCAUCCAGUUCACAAGUUUAUACGCCAGAAACAAAUCAGCAACAGUAGAAAGAAUAUUAGCCACGGAUAUCUUAGCAGAGGAGGAUGAGCAUGAAUUUACAAGUUGUGCUGGUGCUGAAACUGUCAAAUUUCUCAUUCCUGGCAAGAAAUAUGUAGUCAAUACAGUUUUUCAUUCUGUUCUUGCUGGAUUAGCGUGUGGUCUUGGAACAUGGUAUCUGCUCCCAAAUAGAAUAACCUUGCUGUAUGGCAGUACAGGAGGCACUGCUCUGCUAUUCUUCUUUGGAUGGAUGACAUUAUGUAUAGGAGAAUAUUCAUUAAUUGUAAACACAGCUACAGAGACUGCGACUUUCCAAACACAGGAUACUUAUGAAAUUACUCCUCUUAUGAGACCUCUUUAUAUUUUUUUCUUUGUUUCUGUGGAUCUGGCACACAGGUUUAUGGUAAAUAUGCCAGCUCUAGAACAAAUGAAUCAGAUUUUACACAUCUUGUUUGUAUUCUUACCCUUUCUGUGGGCACUUGGGACUCUGCCCCCACCCGAUGCACUUUUCUUAUGGGCAAUGGAGCAGAUUUUAGAGUUCGGCCUUGGAGGCUCAUCUAUGUCAACCCACCUACGGUUAUUAGUAAUGUUCAUCAUGUCUGCUGGAACAGCUAUAACAUCAUAUUUCAUUCCAAGCACUGUCGGUGUGGUUCUUUUCAUGACUGGACUUGGUUUCUUGCUGAGUCUGAACUUAAGUGAUGUGGGUCACAAAAUUGGAACCAAAUCUAAGAAUUUACCCAGUGGUCCAGAAAAACAUUUUUCAUGGAAGGAAUGCCUUUUCUACAUCAUUAUAUUAGUCUUCGCUCUUUUAGAAACUGGUUUGCUUCAUCACUUUGCUGGCUUCUCACAGAUUUCUAAGGGCAGUUCCCAGGCUAUUGUGGGCUAUGGUUUGAUGAUAUUACUUACAAUACUGUGGAUACUUAGAGAAAUUCAAAGCGUGUAUAUCAUUGGAAUUUUCCGAAAUCCUUUUUAUCCGAAGGAUGCGCAAACUGUGACUGUAUUCUUUGAGAAGCAAACUAGGCUCUUGAAGAUUGGUAUUGUCAGACGGAUUUUGCUAACUUUAGUAUCACCUUUUGCCAUGAUAGCAUUUCUCUCAUUGGACAGUUCCUUACAAGGGCUCCACUCAGUGUCUGUCUCUAUUGGAUUCACAAGAGCCUUUAGAAUGGUAUGGCAGAAUACAGAAAAUGCUUUAUUGGAGACAGUCAUUGUGUCAACAGUACAUUUGAUCUCCAGUACAGACAUAUGGUGGAACAGAAACCUGGAUACAGGAAUCAGACUCUUACUGGUUGGUAUCAUACGUGAUCGUUUGAUCCGGUUCAUCUCUAAAUUGCAGUUUGCCAUGACUGUACUUUUGACAUCAUGGACAGAGAAAAAACAACGUCGAAAAACAACUGCCACUUUAUGUAUACUCAACAUUGUCUUUUCUCCAUUCGUGUUGGUCAUCAUAAUUUUUUCUACACUACUGUCUUCUCCCUUACUCCCCCUUUUCACCCUUCCUGUGUUCUUGGUGGGGUUUCCCCGACCUAUUCAGAGUUGGCCAGGAGCAGCGGGCACCACAGCCUGUGUGUGUACAGAUACAGUAUACUACUACCAAAUGGUGCCCAGGUUGACUGCUGUGCUGCAGACUGCAAUGGCAGCUGGAAGUUUAGGUCUCCUCCUACCUGGAUCUCAUUACUUGGGCCGUUUUCAGGAUCGUUUAAUAUGGAUAAUGAUUCUGGAAUGUGGCUAUACUUACUGCUAUAUUAACAUUAAGGGGUUAGAAUUGCAGGAAACAUCCUGUCAUACUGCAGAAGCUCGCAGAGUUGAUGAAGUUUUUGAAGAUGCUUUUGAGCAAGAAUACACAGGAGUAUGUUCCCUUAAUGAACACUUUGGAAAUGUCUUGACACCCUGUACUGUUUUGCCUGUGAAAUUAUAUUCUGAUGCCAGGAAUGUUCUAUCAGGCAUAAUUGAUUCUCAUGAAAACUUAAAAGAAUUUAAAGGUGACCUCGUUAAAGUACUCGUGUGGAUACUUGUUCAAUACUGCUCCAAAAGGCCUGGCAUGAAAGAGAAUGUUCACAACACUGAAAAUAAAGGGAAAGCACCUCUAAUCUUGCCUGCUUUGAACACUUCGCCACCUCCCAAAUCCCCAGAAGACAUAGAUAGUUUAAAUUCAGAAACUUUUGAUGACUGGUCUGAUGACAGUAUUUUUGAUGAUGAGCCAACUAUCAAAAAAGUAAUAGAAGAAAAACAUCAGUUGAAAGAUUUGCCAGGUACAAAUUUGUUUAUUCCAGGAUCAGUAGAAUCACAGAGGGUUGGUGAUCAUUCUACAGGCACUGUUCCUGAAAAUGAUCUUUACAAAGCAGUUCUAUUAGGAUACCCUGCUGUUGACAAAGGAAAACAAGAGGACAUGCCAUAUAUUCCUCUCAUGGAAUUCAGUUGUUCACAUUCUCACUUAGUAUGCUUACCUGCAGAGUGGAGGACUAGCUGUAUGCCCAAUUCCAAAAUGAAGGAGAUGAGCUCGUUAUUUCCAGAAGACUGGUACCAAUUUGUUUUAAGGCAAUUGGAAUGUUUUCAUUCAGAAGAAAAGGCCUCAAAUGUAUUGGAAGAAAUUGCCAACGACAAAGUUUUAAAAGACUUUUAUGUUCAUACAGUAAUGACUUGUUAUUUUAGUUUUUUUGGAAUAGACAAUAUGGCUCCUAGUCCUGGUCAUAUAUUGAGAGUUUACAGUGGUGUUUUGCCUUGGUCUGUUGCUUUGGACUGGCUCACAGAAAAGCCAGAGCUGUUUCAACUAGCACUGAAAGCAUUCAGGUAUACUCUGAAACUAAUGAUUGAUAAAGCAAGUUUAGGUCCAAUAGAAGACUUCAGAGAACUGAUUAAAUACCUUGAAGAAUAUGAAUGUGACUGGUACAUUGGUUUGGUAUCUGAUGAAAAGUGGAAGGAAGCAAUUUUACAAGAAAAGCCAUACUUGUUUUCUCUGGGGUAUGAUUCUAAUAUGGGAAUUUACACUGGAAGAGUACUUAGCCUUCAAGAAUUAUUGAUCCAAGUGGGAAAGUUGAAUGCUGAAGCUGUUAGAGGUCAGUGGGCCAAUCUUUCGUGGGAAUUACUUUAUGCCACAAACGAUGAUGAAGAACGUUAUAGUAUACAAGCUCAUCCACUACUUUUAAGAAAUCUUACAGUACAAGCAGCAGAUCCUCCCCUGGGAUAUCCGAUUUAUUCUUCAAAACCUCUCCAUAUACAUUUGUAUUAGAGCUCAUUUUGACUGUAAUGUCAUCAAAUGCAAUGUUUUUAUUUUUUCAUCUUAAAAAAGUAACUGUGAUUCUUGUAACUUCAGGACUUCUCCCCACCCUCAUUCAGAUGCCUGAGAACAGCUAAGCUCCAUAAAGUUGGUUCUCUUAGCCAUCUUAAUGGUUUUAAAAAACAACAAAAACAUAUUUAACGUAAAAGUUAGAACUAUUUGGCCAAUACUGGUGCCCUCUGGACUUUAGUAGACUUUGGUAAAUAUGAGAAAACAUUUGUGUAAUUAUUAUAUAAUGAAUUUUGUAAUGCUUUCUUAAAUGUGUAAUAGGUGAAUUGCCAUAUAAAGUUAACAGCUAUGUAAUUUUUACAUACUUAAGAUAGACGUAUCAGUGUUCUAAGUAGUGAUAAUGGAUCCUGUUGAAGGUUAAUAUGAUUUAUAGUAUUUUCAAAUGUGCUGUUUUAACAUCUAAUAUUAUCUGAAUGUUUUUAUAUAGUUUUCAUAGACUUCAAUUCGCAAACUUUAAAAAACUUUUAAUAAAAUAUUUUCCUUCCUUUUCAAA